GACUUGUACGCGCCUGUGGGGAAAGAGUUGGGAAGAGAAAUUACUUUUAAUGAUAUUCCCAAAGACUGGAAAAUACCGGGCGAAAACAUCACUGCGCUGCAAAGCCCGUGGCGCUCCUCCCCCCCCCCGCAGCAGCAGCAGCAGCAGCAGCAGCAGCAGCAGCAGCAGCAGCAGCAGCAGGGUGCGGAGUGUCUGUGGCCUGCGGAAUGGCGGGGCAUGCCCCUCGGGGUGUACGUACACCAGAUGCGCCAGGGAGAUGUCGACGCGCGCUUUCAUCCUCGAAGAAGACCCAUUUUAGAUCUUUUGGGAUUUAAGUGGACAGACACUCAAAAGUACCUCAACUUCACCUGGAUGAAACUCAUCAAAGGCAUGAAGUGGUGGCUGUUUUUCAGGCAGCACCCCGUGCUGCAGCUGGAGAGACACACCAUAAUACCCCACAGCUGUUUUGUUGCAGAUGUUUGCAAACCCGAAGAAGUCCAGGGCCUUCGUAUAGGAGAAAUAGUCCACCAGGCGCGGCUGCAGGAGCCUGUGCUGUACCACUUUUACCCGGAGCGGUACGAGGUGUACAGACACCUGGACUUGGCGCUGCUGCCGGCGGACAAAUUAAUUUCGUUUUUAUCUUUUUCAGAAAAAAGGAAUUUCCAACUGCAGCAGCAACUCCAGCCCAGAGGACUUGCACUCAAGGAAAUCCCCAAACACCUCAGAGAAGAAUACUGA